AUGAGUCUUCAUUGUGCGUCUUCUGUUGCUGCAACUAUAUCUUUGCUUUCCGUCUCACUCAAAACUUCCGUUUGCUACAUCAAUGAAGCCACCAACAAACCUCGUACACUUCAGAAACAGGUCAACUCCGGCGCGCCAAGCAAACUCAGCACCGAGUCUCUCUCCCAUGACUCGCCGGAACCCAUCAACAAACCAUGCUUUUGUAGAAGAAGACACUUCAUUGAAGCUGCAACAUUGGGAACUACCUUGUUUCCUGUUCAAUCAUCCACAGCCACGGACCCAUGUUCUGAUUACACGGCUAUACUUAGAAAGUUUCACCCACCAAGACCUGAUUGGUACGAGGAGUUUUAUGCUGGAGUUAUGAAUUCAGCUACCGAGUCUUAUGAAGAUGAGGUUGCAAUGUACAAGUCUCAAAUCUUCAGUAACUUGAAGGGGAAGGGUCAAAGAAUCUUGGAGAUUGGCAUUGGAACUGGUCCCAACCUCAGUUACUAUGCUAGUGGUUCUGAUGUAGAGGUCGUUGGCAUUGAUCCAAACCCAAAGAUGGAAAAGUAUGCUCGAUCCUCGGCUUCGUCAGCUGGACUGCCUCCUUCAAAUUUUGAGUUUAUACAAGCUGUCGGGGAGGCCAUACCAUUAAGUGAUGCUUCUGUUGAUGCAGUUGUUGGAACCCUGGUACUGUGUUCUGUUAAAGAUGUUGAUAUGACACUGAAAGAAGUGAGGAGGGUGCUGCGACCUGGUGGACUUUAUGUGUUUGUAGAACAUGUGGCCGCUAAAGAUGGAACUUUUCUCAAAUUUAUGCAGAGAGUUCUUGAUCCUCUGCAACAGACACUUGCAGAUGGUUGUCACCUUUCUAGAGACACUGGAAACAAUAUAUCCAGGGCCGGAUUUGCAAGUGUUGAGCUUAACUUAGCAUUCUUGUCUAGUGCUACAUUUAUAAACCCCCAUGUAUAUGGUAUAGCUUACAAGUAG